CCGACGCCUCCGGGUCCCGCCCCUGCGCCGCAGCCCGCUUUAAAAGGCCGCGGCGCGCGCCCGGCUGCAAACAGCUGCGGUGGCCGCAGGCGUCUGAGUAGGCAAAGUGCCAUGUUCCUGGCUGUCCAGCACGACUGCGUACCCAUGGACAAGAGCGCAGGCAACGGCCCCAAGGUGGAGGAGAAGCGCGAGAAAAUGAAGCGAACGCUCUUAAAGGAUUGGAAGACCCGUUUGAGCUACUUCUUGCAAAAUUCCUCCACUCCUGGGAAACCCAAAACUGGCAAGAAAAGCAAACAGCAAACGUUUAUCAAGCCUUCUCCCGAGGAAGCGCUGCUCUGGGCAGAAGCAUUCGAUGAACUGUUGGCCAGCAAAUAUGGGCUGGCGGCAUUCAGGGCGUUUUUAAAGUCUGAGUUCUGUGAAGAAAAUAUUGAAUUCUGGCUGGCCUGUGAAGACUUCAAAAAAACUAAGUCACCCCAAAAACUGUCCUCAAAAGCAAGGAAAAUAUAUACCGACUUCAUAGAAAAGGAAGCUCCCAAAGAGAUAAACAUAGACUUUCAAACAAAAACUCUGAUUGCCCAGAAUAUCCAAGAGGCGACCAGUGGCUGCUUUACAACAGCCCAGAAGAGGGUAUACAGUUUGAUGGAGAACAAUUCUUAUCCUCGCUUCCUGGAGUCAGAAUUCUACCAAGACUUGUGUAAAAAGCCACAGAUCGCCACGGAGCCCCAUGCUACAUGAGACAAGGAGCCUCCAGCAGAGGACAUUUCAUUCUGUCUCCCAAGAGGAAAGGCCGUGACCUGCCAAAAGACUGACCUUGAAUUCAGCCUGGGUGUUAGGAAACAUCACCCAGAACUAUUGAUUCAAAGUUGGGUAGUGAAUCAGGAAGCCAGCAACCUAGGACGGGCUCUGUGAGAACAGCUUCCCUUGCUGUGUGAAGAACAGAGGGAGGGAACAGUGUUCUGAAUGUGCUGUUCCUCACUGGGAAAGCAAGGGUCUGAGGUGAAAGAGACAAUGGAAGAUUGUUGGUCCGAACAUUUAAAAUCAAUAGGUCUGGGAUUAUGUGGCCUUAGCUAGCUGGCUGUCCAUCUUUUCCCUAAAUCAGUCCAUUGUUACCACAUCGUGGUUUUACUUCUAGUUUUACUAUUUCAGUACUAAGUAACGUUAAAAUGUUUACUGUGUGCAAAGGUGUUGAAGUCUAAGGACUGUAGAUGGCUAGUCCUAUUGUGUCAUGUGUCACUGAAACUGAAAAGUGCGUUUGCGUUGUUAAACCGUGUGUGAGAGACGAAUGCGUGCCGUUCUGUAGAACACCAGUGUCUGUUAUGAGUGCCAAAAACUGUCUUUUGGGCAGCUACACUUUGAAGUGGUUUUUGAAUACUUUUAUUAAUAAAUUUAUUUUGAUAAAUAAUGGCAUUGAACACUUGGAAGUCCAGAUGUGAUUGUGUUGUGUUUGAUUUCAGUAGUUGGAAACAUGUCAGAUAUAAAAGAAAACAACUUCCUAGUAAAGAGAUAUGAUUAUUGUACCAAUCCCUGAGUGCUGACAGCCCUUAGAAGUGAGAAAUGCUUGCUUCGAGGAAGAUAAACCUAUAGACGUUAUGUAGUCUUAAGAAAACCAUAUCCAUAUCCAUAUGACCACUCAUUGUGAACGUCAAACUUGUUAUUUAAU